UAUAAAUUUGUUUCGAUUGAUCUUCGAUGUUAUCAGUGUCCCAGUGAUUUGCUCGCUACCAUCUAUAAAUUCAAACCGAAACUUUGACAAAAUGUUCAAAAUUUGUCUUGUAGCCGCUGUAUUGGCUGUUGUUGGGUCUACUCCGAUUCCAGAGGCGAAUCCGAUAGCCAGGGCCGUCCCGGCGCCGAAGGCGCUUCCGAAGCCCGAUUACUACGCUUACGCGGCUCCUCUGGUAGCCGCUCCGUACGCUUACGCUUCCGCUUACAGCACUCCGUUGGCUUACUCGAGCUACGCCUAUCCGUACUCGUACUAUUCGUACUCGGCUCCUUACGUUGUAGUUUGAUGAUUUUAUUGAAGCGUUGAUUGAUUUUAUUAUUUAUGUUCUCGUAUUUCUCGAAUAAAAUGUUACAUUAACGAAUUUUUGGGAGUUUUUAUUUUAU